CGCGGGGCGACUCAGCUUCUCCCCGGAACAGGUGGUUGCCAGUCAUGCGUCUCCCAACCCUCCUCCUGCUGCUGCUCUCCGGGGCCCCGGCCGUGACCGAGACCUGGGCGGGCUCCCACUCCCUGAGGUUUUUGCUCACUGUCACGUCCCGGCCCGGCCGCGGGGAGCCCCGGUACGUGGAAGUCGGCUACGUGGACGACACGCAGUUCGCGCGGUUCGACAGCGACUCUGUCAGUCUGAGGUACGAGCCGCGGGCGCCGUGGAGGGGGCGGGAGGGGCCGGAGUACUGGAACCGGCUGACGCGGAACGCCAAGGACAGCGCACAGACUCUCCGAGGGAAGCUGAACGAAGUGCGCGGCUACUACAACCAGAGCGAGGCAGGGUCUCACACCAUCCAGAGAAUGUACGGCUGCGACGUGGGGCCUGAUGGGCGCUUCCUGCGCGGGUACUUUCGUGAGGCCUACGACGGCGCGGAUUACAUCGCCCUGAACGAGGACCUGCGCUCCUGGACCGCGGCGGACACGACGGCGCAGAUCACCCGCCGCAAGUGGGAGGCGGCCGAUGCGGCGGAGCGGUGGCGAAACUACCUGGAGGGCACCUGCGUGGAGUCCCUGCGCAGGCACCUGGAGCACGGGAAGGAGACGCUGCAGCGCGCAGAACCCCCCGACACACAUGUGACCCGCCACCCCAUCUCUGACCAUGAUGUCACCCUGAGGUGUUGGGCCCUGGGCUUCUACCCUGCGGAGAUCACCCUGACCUGGCACCACGAUGGGGAGGACCUGACCCAGGACACAGAGCUUGUGGAGACCAGGCCUGCAGGAAAUGGGACCUUCCAGAAGUGGGCGGCUGUGAAGGUGCCUCCUGGACAGGAGCAGAGAUACACCUGCCAUGUGCAGCAUGAGGGGCUGCCCAAGCCCAUCACCUUGAGAUGGGAGCUGCCGCCUGAGGCCCCCAUCCCCAUCAUGGGCACCAUUGCUGGCCUGGUUCUCUUUGUGGUCACUGGAGCUGUGGUGGUGGGAGCUUUGAUGUGGAGGAAGAAGCACUAAGGAGGGAAAGGACCAGGCUACUCUCAUGCUGCAGGUAAGUGUGGAGGGAGUGAUCCCUGAGACCCUGAGAUAGUGUAGACAGAGCCCGACGGGGAGCCCGCCCACCCCGUAGCUCCUCCUUUAGUCUCCUCUCCGGUGGGCUCUGACCACGGCCUGUUUGUUCUACCCCAGGCAAUGACAGUGCUCUGUGCUCUGAUGUGUCUUUCAUGGCUCCUAAAUGUGAGACCCUGGAGGGCCCCAAGUAGGGAGGGGUUGGGGCCGAGGGGACAUGACUGGGUUAUGAGGAUUGUUUGAAUGGGACAGUAUAGCAUUUAGUGGGCUGUGGAGACGUCAACAUUUACAUGAUUGACCUGAAUUUGUUCAUGAUUAUUUUCUUUCACAGUGUGAACCAGUUGCCUUGUGGGGGACUGAGUGAUGCAAGAUUUGUUCACACUCCCACUUUUUUUUUUUAUUUAUUUGACAGAGAGAGUGAGAGAGUACAAGCAGAGGGAGCAGUAGUGGGAGAGGAAGAAGCAGACUUCCCGCUGAGCAGGGAGCCUGACUCGGGGCUUGAUCCCAGGACCCUGAGAUCAUGACCUGAGCCGAAGGCAGACGCUUAACCAUCUGAGCCACCCAAGUGCCUCACACUCCUACUUUUUUUUUUUUUUUUUUUUUGACAUCAAGAGCCCGGAAUGUCUCUAUCUGCUAACGGUGUCUGAAUGUGUCUGUGUUCCUAUUAGCAUAAUGUGAGGAGUGGGGAAACUGGCCCACCCCUACCCAUCAUUACCUCUCCCCAAAAUGACCUAUGCUCUCUUCCCUGAUCUGCUUUCCUGUUCCAGCAGAGAUGGGACUAGGUCAUCUCCAUCCCUGUCUUUACUUCAUGUUUGAGAAGUAAUAUUUUACUUCUCUACUGAAAAUCUGGAUAUUUGUUUUCUGUUCUUGUCAUAUAGGACUAAGGUGUUAAUAAAGGUAGUAAAGGAGAAGACUCCUAAAGUUGAGAUGGGAAAUAAAUGGAAGCGGAGAACCUUCCAGAAGCUG